AUGGCGGGCCAGACAGUCAUUGCAGGAAUUGUGUGCCUUUUCGUCUUAACUCUCGCCGAUGAAAAACGUAUUUUGCUAAAUGAUCCGGCGUAUGUGUCCCAGCAACUCACCCAUCUCCAGUCGGAGCUACAGGAGCUACGAGUUAAGGCUGGAAACCAAGAGCAGACCGUGUCUUCUCUUCAACAGAACGUUACUAAUCAGCAACAAAACAUAGGCAGUCAACAGCAGACCGUGUCCACUCUGCAACAGACCGUAUCUACCCUCCAACAGACCGUUAACAAUCAGCAACAAAACAUAAGCAGUCAACAGCAGACGAUUUCUACCCUUCAACAAACCGUUUCAAACCAGCAUUCCGUCCUUACGAACAUAGCACAGGAAAGUGGUAAAGGCGUGGUGUACACCAGAUGGGGAAGGAAGAGUUGUCCCAAGGACAGUGACACACAACUCGUUUAUUAUGGAUACGUUGGUGGUUCAAACUACCAUGACCAAGGAGGAGCCGCCAAUGCCCUCUGUAUGCCGUCGGAUCCGAUCUGGGGUCCACACAAGAAUACGCCUCUUCAUGGGAAAGCCUAUCUCUUCGGUGCGGAAUAUCAAGACACAACUAUCUUCGGAAUGCCAAACUACGACGAAGACGUGCCUUGCGCUGUAUGUAGAAACACGGCAUACUCAAUAAUUACGAUGAUACCCGGGCGGACCAUUUGCUAUCCGGGGUGGACCGAGGCCUACCGCGGCAUCCUUACAGCUGGUUAUCCGCCUGACCCUUCCGCAACCCAGUACCAGUGUACUGACGAACAUCCUGAAGCGACCGCCGGAGGAGGAAGCAGAAACGACAUAGGGAUAUCUGUGUUCGCUGUCUGGUCGAAGUGUGGAUCCCUUCCAUGUCCACCAUACGAAGAUAACAAGGUUUUGUCCUGUGUUGUGUGUAUGAUCUAA